AUGGAAAAAGCACAAACACUUUACGAAAAAGCCGAUACACUGGCUAAUACUACAGAGAGUGCACUUGCUCAGCUUAAAUCUCCAGCCGGAAAUCUUAAGAAUGCAGCCAAAGGCAGUGGUAGUCUAUACGAGAAAGCAAAAGAUCUAGCAAAGGAUAUUGGUAAUGAUGGUAAGGCUGGAGAUGUCAUAACUGCAUUUGAAGACGUAAGAACUAAGUACAAUGAACUAACAGGUAAUCUGAAUUACAAUACUUAUAAAGAUAAUGAGAAGGUUAAAGCUGUUGAUGACGCCUACAAAAGUCUUAAGGAUGUCUACGAUACAAUCCUCAACGUCAAGAAGGCUAACCUACUCAAAGCUCAAGUUGGUGAUGGUAAUGCUGAUCAAAAGAUUUGGUCCAAGGCCAAGGACCUCUAUACCAAAGCCAACUUACUAGCCACUGCAGUAUCUAGUAAUAAUGAACUUAAAGAUCCUGUAGACGCCCUUGCUACUGCUGUAGGAGCCGAUGAUAACAAUGGUCUAAGAAAGGCUCUCUCCGAACUCAACAGUGAUACUGAUACCAAUAAGGCUGAUUUUGUUAAAAAGGCCAUGGAAGUCAUCAGUAACUACAACUCUGUAAACAAUGCCUACAAUGCUGUUAAGGCAAAACAACAAGAAUAUACUGCUGCUCUUACUACUAGUGAAUCAGCUAAAUAUACCCAAGUUACAUCUAAUUUCACUCAACUUGAAAGAGCCUACAACCUGGCCAAUUGUAAGGCUAUCACUCCUAUUCUUGACAAACUUUGGAUUAGAUAUUCCUCCAUAACAUGUACUUGGUCCAACUUAAAAUUUUACUCUAUUUACCGUCACACUGGCACGUUACCACCUUCCACUCAGCACAUCCAUCACACAUAUAAUACAAUAAUAAUAUAG